UUUUAACCCUCGAGAUCGCCCCUCCGCUCCUUCCCCCCGCCUCCCAGCCACCUCCCCUGAGGGGAGGCGGGCGGCCGCCGUACCUGGCGGCCUCCGCUCGGGGAGGAGCGCGCCUCGCCGCCCCGGCCCCAGCGGCACCGACACCGGCAGCGGCCGCCGAGCAGUUUCUCCACCGGUGUAUGAAGCACAAACUCCCGUUUAUUUAAGAACGUGUGUUUGUAUCGUCAUCAUUAAAGACUUCAGUUCGCAUCCUUUGUACUGAAAGAGAAGCUCCAAGGGAGACGAGCGGGGGAACGAAUACAGCUUGACUCGGCGGUGGCAGUCCGAGCUGGGAUGGGUGACAGCACGUAGUCUUCUAUGGCAGAUCCCUGUGGAGCAGAGGAAGCUACGCCCUGAAGUAGUCGUGUGUAGGGACGUGAAGUCAUCUGCGCAGCUUCGCCUCUGCAGGGAGGCAGAGAGGGGAGGCAGCCCUUAGCUGGAUCAAGCCUGGUGGAAAUAGUCCAAGCUGAGGAGAACUUGGCUUAAAUGCAGGAUACUGUUACGUGCUGUGAGACAAUCCCACAGACCCCGUGUAGACAAAUGCUGCUUAAAAGUGCUUCAUCGGAUGUUAAAUGGAGAAGGAGUCCUCGAGGACAUAGACUUUGGCUAUAUUUUUCAUAACUGUGUGAAGCUAGAAAUCUUAACGGAUGCCUGUGCCACCGCCACCACCACCACCUCCUCCUCCACCGCCUCCACCACCUUCUGGAGGGCCCCCUCCACCACCACCUCUGGCAAGUUCAGAGGUACCAAAAUUGCGAAAGGAAGACCAAAAAGCACGGAACGCGCUCUUAGCUGAUAUCCAGCAGGGCACUCGCUUAAGAAAAGUGACUCAGAUCAAUGACCGCAGUGCACCGCAGAUUGAAAAACCCAAAGGAGCUAACAGAGAUGGAGUUAAUCCAGCCAUUAAUAAAGGUGCCUCUCAGCAGCCUCUGGGAGGUUUAUUUGCUGGUGGCUUUCCCGUCCUCAGACCAGCAGGCCAGAGGGACAUGACGGCUGGGAGGCCCGGGCAGCUCCCCGGGCUCCGAGCGGCGGCUCCCAAGGCCUCGGCCCCACCAAACAUCGGCGCUGCAAAGGCGAGCAGUAACCCCCCGCACCCAGCCGAAGGCCCGAGGGCAGCUGUGCCCCCCGAGCCUCCCUGCACCCCCCGAGCUGGGGCUGGGGCUGGGGCUGGGGAUGGCCCCGGCCGGCCCAGCCUGCCUGCCCCCCCUCCCCCGCCUCCUGCUUCCAGCAAACCUUCCCUCACCUUCCCUCCUCCUCCCCCUCUCCCCCCCCCAGCCGAGCGCCCUCCCAAGGGGGUCUCCCCCAACGCUGCCCCUCCGCCCCUGCUCCCCCCUCCUCAGGCUGACAAACCCACAAAGUAUCAAGCAGUUGCUUCGCACCCACCGCCUCCUCCUCCUCCUCCUCCUCCUCCUCCUCCUCCUCCCCCCCUGCCCCCUGUGCCCCCCUGCGGGUUUCCGAGCAGAACAAGCGAUUUCUCCGCUGCUGCUGCUUCCUCUGCCCCUGAGGGAAGGGACUGCCCGCCCCCCCCGCCUCCUCCUCCUCCGCCACCCGCGCACACCUUGGCUUCAACCAGGCUCUCCUUCCCGCCCCCCCCCGCCUUUAGCAGCAGCGCUGACGUGCCCCCGCCGCUGCCCCCCAAGUCUCCCCACUUGCUCUCGCAGUUCCAUAAGCCGAGCAGCAUUCAGUCCCUGCCGCUCCCUCCCACCCCCGGCCUCCCCCAGCCCGCAGCCGUGGCCGAGGCCAGGAAGAAGAGGCCCGGCCGAGGCGCAGGAACCGGUGCUGGGAAGCUGGUCACACCUCCACAGCCACCAGCAAGAUCGCCAACAACUGAACUUACAAGCAAGUCCGGAGUCUCAGCCUGGGCUACAGCUCAUGACCCCUACCCACCACUUAAAAAUGGAAAUAUGCACAUCCUUGAUGACUUUGAAUCUAAAUUUACUUUCCAUUCUGUGGAAGAUUUCCCCCCACCUGAUGAAUUCAAGCCAUUUCAGAAAAUAUAUCCCAGCAAGAUAGCUAGAGAUCCCUCUAAAAAUCCUCCACUAAGAACACAUGUGAGAUGAGAAGAGUCUUCGGAUGCUCUCUGGAUUAGUAUUAAAAAAGAACAUCUCAAUAAUAUAUAUAUAAAACUGAAGGGGUCCCCAUUACAUUGAUAAAGAUUAUAUUUGAAUUACAAGUUCUGCAAUGUUAACAUUUUUAUAAACUGGAAAAGUGAUGUAAAUGAUAAUUUUUGAACUGGCCUAUGUACUACAGGAAUGUUAGUACACACUUUUAAAUUACUGUAUAUAGGUGGAUAUUUUUUAAGUAAAGC